AUGGAGACACCGUUGGAUGUUUUGUCAAGGGCAGCGUCUCUGGUGCAUGCUGAUGAUGAAAAACGUGAAGCUGCUCUCCGGGGAGAACCCAGGAUGCAGACCAUCCCUGUGGCAUCCGCCCUCACCAGCCACCGCACGGGCCCCCCACCCAUCAGCCCCAGCAAGAGGAAGUUCGGCAUGGAACCCGGGGACGACGACCUGGACUGUGAAAAUGACCACGCUUCCAAGAUCAGCCGCAUCUUCAACCCCCAUCUGAACAAGACUGCCAACGGAGACUGCCGGAAAGACCCCCGGGAGCGGAGCCGUAGCCCCAUCGAGCGGGCCGUGGCCCCUACCGUGAGCCUGCACGGCAACCACCUGUACGCGUCCCUCCCCAGCCUCAGCAUGGAGCAGCCCCUCGCACUGACCAAGAACAGCAUGGACGCCAGCAGGCCGGCGGGCAUCGCGCCCACGCUGACCCCGGUGGAGCGGCAGCAGAACCGGCCUUCCGUGAUCACCUGCGCCUCUGCCAGCGCCCGCAACUGCAACCUCUCCCACUGUCCGAUCGCGCACAGCGGCUGCGUGGCCGGGCCGGCCAGCUACCGGAGGGCCCCGAGCGCCGCCGCCGCCGCCACCUGCGACCCCGUGGUGGAGGAGCAUUUCCGCAGGAGCCUGGGCAAGAACUACAAGGAGCCUGAGCCAGCUCCCAACUCCGUGUCCAUCACGGGCUCCGUGGACGACCACUUUGCCAAAGCCCUGGGAGACACGUGGCUUCAGAUCAAGGCGGCCAAGGACGGCGCGUCCGGCAGCCCCGAGUCGGCCUCGCGCAGGGGCCAGCCCGCCAGCCCCUCUGCCCACAUGGUCAGCCACAGCCACUCCCCCUCCGUGGUCUCCUGA